UCCCAAUACUGUGACUACUUUCCGUGACUACACACAGGUGAUGAGCCUCGCUUUCAUUGAACCUAGCGCGUGACUGGCUUCCAGGCCUUAUCAUCUGUUCUACCAGGAUUCACAUCAAGUACGUAGUGUAUGAUGUACAUGUACAUAGUUUGAAGGCCACCCGUGUUACGCUUGGUACAUAAUGGCAAGCAAAAGAAAAAGACAGAAGAAAAUGACAGACACAGAUUCAGAUUCAGAUUCAGAUUCAGAUUCAGGAUCAGAGUCAAGAGGUAGGUCAGUUGUCACAGAAUGUGGUCAGUCGGGUGGGACUGCAAUCGGCAGCAUCGUGGCAGCAGUUAUGGGCAGCAGUAAGACAUGUACAGUAGAUCCAGCUCAGCCUAAGACUACCAUUGUGAGGAUUGGCCAAACAGGUGGGGUAAAUAGAGGCAGCAAAGUCGCAGCUGCAAUAGGAGGAGAAACUACGUUAGCGGAAGGUACUACAUACAUUGAAGCUGCACAAACUGGAGGGGAGAGCCAUGAUGGAACAGUUGCUGCAGGAAUUGACCACAAACUAGUGACGUUAUCCGCUACAUCAGCUAAACGAGGAGAUGCAUCAAAAGGUGAUGCAUCAAAAGGUUUAGAGCGUAACGUUGAUCAACUCACCUUUGGCAAUGGAAAAACAGUAGCCCUGCUUUUAUCUGGGUCGGGGAAAGACUCAGAAAUAUUUAGGAACGAUGUGGAACUGAUGAAAACAUUAUUGACAAGUGAGAAGAUUGGACUGAGCGAGCACAAACUGCGGUCAGUAUGUCGUAAACCAGACACUAAACUAACAACCAUGAAGCAAAUAAAAAGGGCUAUUGAGGAUUUCCAAGCGGAACUGGAAGGCUCAACGGAUGGCAACUUGAUUUUCUACUAUUCAGGCCACUUUACCAAAGAACACCAGUUUAUUGUAGACGAAAGGGAUGAUCUUUCUCCUGACCACCUUGAGGAUAAAGAUCUGGCAGAUGAGCUGAAAACAAUUCCUGCCAAGCAUAUGCUGCUGAUCCUGGACAUGUGCUACAGUGGCAGAGCCGAUGUCGGGGCGAAGCAUGCGGAUGGAUUUCCAGGAAAAGUGAAGGUUGAAGACAAGGAAAGUUCAUAUAUAGUUCCUCGGUUGUGGGAACUAAUAAUGAGCGGAAAGGGUAUUCAAGCAAAAGGUGCGAUCGGGGGAAAGGGAGAUAAUCCCGUGAAGGUUGUCCAGUGGUCGUCUUCAAGUCCCGACGAACCGUCAUAUGAUCUGAAGUCAAGCGUCUUUACCAAAGCCAUAAUUGAUGUUGUCAAUAAUAAUGAAGUUAAGAAAGAGCUGGAACCUGGGCAAACACAUGCUACAAUCAGACAGUUGCACAGACACGUAGUCAAACAUGUGGAGGCUGCUCUCCAGAGAUAUAACAUGGUCCAGCAACCCAUCAUCAAGCCAGAUAAUGCAGAUGAGGAAUACUUCAAAACUUUCCCUUGCUUUGCUAAAGUCAUGUAAGCGGAGAACUGUUAAUGUCUUGUAACAAUGUUCAUUAUAUAAGAUAUCAAUUUGGUUCACAUGGUUCAGUUGUUUUCAUCGUACAUGUCAUGUCUCGCGUGUAUUAGAUAUACAUUAUAAUAUCUCACUCUAUUUGUCAAAUUAUGAUCAUAUCAGAUCAAACGGCCAUGUCAAGUGUUUGAUGUGCAUAAUGUAUGAUUUGGUAAUGCAAAUGUAGUACAGUGAGUUAUUUGAAUCUGUCAUUUACCAUUGAGCGUUCAAACGAGCUUUUCAUAGGCCAUAACUGCUUCACUUUAGUUAAAGUAUUGGAUGACUAUUGUUUGAUAAACAACAUAACGUGUUUUUAAUCAUCUUUUUACACUUAUUCAAUAUCGUGGGCAUUGACACAGUACAGUUGUACAUGAAAAUGUAUUUCAAUGCCGUAAGAUCCAAUAACAUGUAUCGGUUGUUCAGACUUGAUUGAUUGCGUGACAUCGUUCUCCGGCGGUGUUGGACGGUCCGCAUAGAAUGAAUCAAUUUUUAUUCUGGUUCAGACAGGUUACGUAUUGCUGUAAAACUAGCUACAAAGUAUGUCAAGUAUAUCGUUGUUUCUUAAUAAAUAUCUAGUACAUAUAAUGAA